AUGAAAAUGUUGCAGAAACCUAAGACUGAGGUUCCGCCCGGCCAGGCAACGCAAGCACAGGCAAGCGUGGGCGACUCGGCCGGCGAGGUGGCUGCGCCUCCGCCCCCCGCCUCCUCCGCCUCAGAGGUUGCCGUGAGCGCCUCCUCGACGGCCCUUCCCCCGGCCGCCGCUGCCGCCCCGCUCUCCACAUCCACACCAGAUUCCACCCAAACACACGCGGACGCCUCGGCCGCACGCCCCACACCCACACCCGCAGGCCAGGGCGCGGCGCCGCAGCUGGCACACGACGCGGCGGGGGCGCUGGCCACCAUCCCCGAGGUGGCCGGGGAAGGGGAGCCGAGAGCAGAGGCAGGUGGACCGGCCGCUCUGGAGAUGAACUGCAGUCAAAAUGUCCUUGCAAUGCCUUCCAUUCUGUCAUUUCUGCUGCCUAGGCAUGCCAACUUGCCAUGUUUGCAUAAUGCCUACGGAUUCAAGGAAAUUGUCGGAGAAGGAAGCCUACAUAUGCCACCCCGGAAACGUCCGAGCGUAGAGCCCAUGCUACCUUGCCUGAGACAUCUUAGCUCUUUGAGAAAGAAUUCUGUGUACCAUGUGAGAAUCUCAGUUCUGCAUAUAUGUGUCAUAUUUCCAUUACCCUCUUCUCUCUCUCUACUGUUUUUAUUUAAAACCACCAGUUUCUUCUCUUCUUCUCUGAAAUUCGAAACGUAUGUGCCUUCUGAGGGAGGGCGUAGCGGUGUAGCGCAAUCGUUAACUGACUCCCGCAUACUCCCACAGCCUUCCACUGGAGACAAACCUCAGGAAACUGUGGUCAGUGAGCCUCCUCAGCCUAGUCAAGAGGGUCAGGGGGAGAUUCCUCUUCAACCUACCGACGAAAAGCCGACAAUUGUAGAAGAAAAGGUGCUGAGCGACACCCCCCACGCCGGCCCGACGCUGCCUGAACAAGCGCCAGGGGCUCCCAAGCCAACCACGGAGGAGACCCCGGGGACAGACCAGCAGAUCACGGGAACGGGCCCCGCCGACGCCGCCGCCGUUGCUGCCGCCGACGCAGAGGGCCCGAGAGACGACUCGCUGACGCCGCAGAUCUCCAACGAAGUCCGUCACGUGAGCUUCGAGGGGGACGAUGGAGCGCCCGAGGACGAGGCGCCCAAGAAGAAGAUGACCGCGCGCGAGCGAUGGUACUGGGCCUUCGACAAGAUCGUCGAUCAGCUUAACGUGAGUACAGGAUUCUCGUUCUUCUUGUUACUAUCCUUCUUCUUCCUCCUCUUCCUCCACCUCUUUUCCUUCUUCUUCUUCUUCAUCUUGUGUCGUGGGUCUUCCGCUGAUCUCUAGUGUUAUUUUCAGCCAUGAGGUCUUAAGAGAUCAGUCCCACUUCCAAAAAUUUGAAUGAGAAUUGGCUGAAGGUCCACAUUAUAUAUAU